GUGGGAACAAAAACGUCAAAUGUCCGCAUAUGGACAUGGCAAAGUUUUGGCUAUAAAAGUUUGCCCGUUUCAACUGAUUUGUCACUUGGUUUUCUUCACCACUCUCAUCGUAAUGGCCAUCAUCACCAAAGCUAUCAUUCAAUCUUCUGCAUUGUCACGGAGUGUCUUCGUACGCUCAUUCUCAGUAUCUGCUCUGCGUACUCAGGCUCGGCCAUUGGAUUCGGAGUUUCCAGUCCUCACCGAUCCUCUGAUGGAAAACAAGCAGUUGCCAUCAUUCAUGGUAGGAACCGAAAACGGUUUCUUGCCUCGUCAAGAACCUCUAUCUCAGCUUCCAGAGCGGUUUGAAAAGUUAGAAAGUCUGCUACAGCGUAUGCCGAUUCGUUGCAGGGACGGAUCUCCAGGUCUUCUUGCUCAAGGACAAUUCGGUGAUGCUGUCGUAGCUGAGCUUCCUGUAUAUAACGUUGAUGACAUUCAUGACAAUCAACUUCUUUCAGCCCUAUUCAGAGAUUAUACGUUUGCUGCAUCCGCUUAUCUACUUGAGCCGUGUGACAUUAUGUAUAGAUCGAAGGAAGACUAUGGCCUGGGUCGUCAGAUACUACCCGCCAACAUCGCAGUUCCACUUGUUAAAGUGUCUGAGAAGAUUCACUCCAAACCCUUCAUGGAAUAUGCCCUCAGCUACAGUUUAUAUAAUUGGAAGCGACUUAAUCCAACAGCUGGCCUCAGUUACGAUAACCUGGAUAUUGUGCGAGGUUUCGCAGGAUCUGCUUCAGAAGCUGGCUUCAUUCUCAAUCAUGUAACUAUGGUGGCAUACUCUGGUGACCUUGUCAAACAUUCUUUAUCCGUCAUGGAUUCCGUCUCCAACAGUAACCGUGAACAGUUUAAUAACUCCAUGCGCAUGUUGAACCGAACUUACGAAUUCAUCAACAAUGAAAUGGAAAUGAUGUGGUCUCGCAGCGAGCCUGGUGAUUAUAUGAAGUUCCGUACGUUCAUCAUGGGUACCAAAAAUCAGCCAAUGUUCCCCAAUGGUGUUGUAUAUGAAGGCGUUUCUGAUACACCUCUCUUCUAUCGCGGUGAAAGUGGUGCCAACGACUCCAUGGUUCCUCUUGGUGACAACUUGCUUCAAUUAACUUCUCACAUGCCCAAGAACCCAUUGACUGAAGUUCUUCGUGACUUCCGAUCUUAUCGCCCUACCAAUCACAAAGAGUUCUUGGAAUAUGUCCAAGAAAGGGCCGAACAAGUAGGCGUUCGCGACUAUGCGUUGAAGGAUGAUAACUCUGCAGCUCUCUACUUGGCUAAUGUCGACCAGAUCAGAGCCUUCCGUCACAGACAUUGGAAUUUCACAAAGUCUUAUAUUAUCAAACAUACCCAGCAUGCCGUAGCCACUGGAGGCAGCCCUAUCACUACAUGGUUGCCCAACCAAUUAGGCACUGUUCUUGACCAAAUGAUUCAAGUCGGCAAUACCAUUAAUCGCAAUAAUUUGACGGAGGAAAACCAAAUGGCACUCGAUGCCAUUUGGAAACGAGCUGAGGCACAGAAGAGAGUUCUUGAUAGGGAAGUUGCUACACUAAAGCAGGCCUUCAAGGACCAAGAUAAAGUCUAACUUCUCCAGACGUUUCCUGAGUACUUUGAUGAUAACUAAGUUGACAUGCAAAUAGUACCACUACUUUCCAACAUUAAAUUCAUUUUUGAACUGA